AUGGCUGGAAUGAUGCGAACGCCCGGAGGAAUGCAACGACCCACCACCAUAGAAGAUCUUCCUGCCGACGAAGAUGUCACGUCCGACGAGGGCAAAUGCGAUCCGGAUGGAAAAGAAGAGGCGGAAAAGCCGGACGGACCUUCCGGGCAAAUACCGGACGGAAUGAGCUCUCAAAGGGUGUUCAAGAAGGUGUCGCCGAAUCAAAAAUUGACCCUUUACUUGAGUUCCCGCGACCUCGUCGUUUCUCCCGAAGGAAUCGAUCGCAUAACGGGCGUGCUAUUGGUCGAUCCGGAGUUCGUGGAAGAGAGAAAGGUCUACGGACAGGUCACUCUAACUUUCAGAUAUGGCAGAGAAGACGAAGAAGUGAUGGGUUUGAAAUUUUGCAACGAGGCCAUCAUGUGCCUGGCCCAAUUGUAUCCCCCGAAUCCUGCCAUGCAGGAAACAGUCACGCCGCUGCAGGAGGCCCUAAUGAGACGAUUGGGCGCCAACGCUUACCCUUUCAGCAUGGAAAUCACCCCAUUAGCGCCCCCUAGCGUUCAACUAGUACCUGCUAAAGAAUACAAUGGAGCUCCCAUCGGUACUAGCUACGACAUACGGACUUACGUAGAUAGGGUCGAUGAAAAAUUACACCGAAGGUCCACCAUCCGCAUGGGCAUCAGGGUGGUGCAGCGGGCGUUCGCGCCCCCCUCGCCCCACAUGUACGUCCCUGGGGGCGCCAGCAGGACCUGCAGGGACAGGGCGAAGCAGCACCGAAAGGCCCUUUUGUUCGGCAUCAAAAGCGCCCCGUUGGACACCAGAUGUCCCAAAAGCGAAAAGGAAUCGACGAAUUUGCACAUAUUGGGGACGAUGCAGAACAGAGAGAUGCAGGUGGAGGUGGAAAAGCCAGCCGGAAAAGCCGCCGAAGACUUGGGAAAAGGCGAUUUCCACGGCAUGGAAAUCGACAAGACUCCUGAGGAAAGCUUCGCGAAGGAAAAGGAGAACGUGGAAACCCGAGAAUUGCCUGAUAGGAAAAUGUCGGAAUUUUACAUCUCGUGCAGCGGCAAACGUCCCAGUUUGGCGGCGUAUUUGGCGGGCGUGCCCGCCCCCAAGGCUUGCACCGAGAAACUCUAUCUACUCAGCGAAGGGAAAAUAUGCCUUACAGCCUCGUUGAACAAGGCCAUUUAUUCCCACGGCGAAAAUGUCAACGUCACCAUCAACAUCCAGAACAACAGCAACAAAACCGUCAAGAGACUGAAGGUAUUCAUCGUGCAAUACGUGGACGUUUGCAUGUUUUCCAACGGGAAAUUCAAAAACGUCGUGGCCUCUUUGAAUUCGAAAGACGAUUGUCCGAUCUACGGAGGCGCCGAUUUCGAGAAAACCUACGCCUUAAUGCCCAUGAAGAGCUCCACCAAAAACUGGAUAGCCUUGGAGGAGUCCUACGACAAAACCGGCACCAGUUUAGCCUCUACCGUUACCUCUUCACUGACCAACCCGGACGAUCGCAACGUCUUCGCCAUCUACGUCUCCUACUACGUCAAAGUCAAGUUGCUGGCCAACCGGAUGGGCGGAGACCUCAGCUUAAAAUUACCCUUCACCCUGAUGCACACCUGCUGCGACUUCGACCAAACCGAGGCCCUCUCCAAAGUCCGGCCCUGCACUAUCCUCGAUCCACAAUCGCCGGAGACGGCGGACGUCGCGACGCGCUCCCCCGACGACGUCGAACCCGAGAAGGACGGCACGUGA